CAGUUCUUGAUCUAAUAUCCCGCCGUACACCCAACCAACGCCAGGCCGCUCAUGAGCAACGGACAUGCAUCAACAGCCGCUUUCAACAGCCCACCACCAUCGCAAGCAUCGAUUGACGGCAAAGAUAACGAACCAGAUUCGGCUGCGUUUGAGGAAUGGAAGGGCACGGUGCAACUCACCACUAUAAAUGGCGUCACGAGUUUUGAGGGGCAGUUUGAAGGAGAAUUAAGCCUGAACCUUCUCCAGGCACUUGUCCAAACCUGGUCUACUACACAGAAGACGAUCCACACGCCAGCAUGUGGCAGGGCUGGCGGAGUCAAGAGAAAGACGGGCUCACGGGGCAAGUUCACCCCCGAAGAGGAUGAUCUGCUCAUUGAUUUGAAGACAAACCUCAGCCUCCCAUGGUCGGAUAUACAUCGCCGGUUCAGCAAUCGAUUUCCGGGGCGUUCUAAGGGGGCACUGCAGGUUCGCUAUUGUACAAAGCUCAAAAAUAGCAAGUAAGGCAAGCAGCCGUACUGUGAUCAGAACAGCGCCCAAUCUUCGCGACCUGCUGCCAGGCUUCAACAACAGCGUUAUCCCGCGUGGCCACUCCAGAUCAGCAGGUGGGCCAAUGGUGUCCAGAACCACGUUCAGUCCAGGGGCAAAAUCAGCCUCGGACGUUUGUGCU